GCCAAUCUCAAUCAUCUGCUAUCUCUGUCUCUCUAUUUCUAUUCGGCUGCCGUCACCACUCACCCCCUCCACCCAAAACAAACCCUAAUCUCUCUGUGACGCCACCACCACGAUCUCCAUGGCCAGAAAGCGAAAGCUCGAUUCCAACUCCACCGAGGCCUCCGAGCCGGCUAAGAAGCAGCAGCAGCAGCAGCAGCCGGAGGUUGUCGAGGAGCCGAAGCCCCAAAACGAACCGGCCGAGGAGGUAGAAGACGAGGUCGAGGAGGAAGAAGAGGCUGAGGAGGAAGAGGAGGAGGAGGAGGAGUACGAGGAGGAAGAAGAGGUUGAGGAAGAGCCUGGCGUUGAGUACAUGCAGAACACCGAGACUGUAACCGUGACGACGACGACCACGACGGCGGUGGAUCCAGUUCAACCCGUGGCCGGCGGCGAGGAGAACGGUAGCGGCGGUGGCGGUGAGGAUGAUGAGGACGAGCCGAUUCAGGAUCUUCUGGAGCCGUUUAGUAAGGACCAGCUGGUGAGUCUGCUGAGGGAGGCGGCGGAGAGCCACCGUGAUGUGUCGGAUCGGAUCCGGAAGGUUGCGGAUGAGGAUCCGAUCCACCGGAAGAUCUUUGUCCACGGGCUUGGGUGGGACACCACCGCCGAAACCCUAACCAGCGUGUUUACGGAGUACGGUGAGAUUGAGGAUUGCAAGGCUGUGUGUGAUAAGGUCUCUGGAAAGUCCAAGGGUUAUGGUUUCAUUCUCUUCAAGACGCGGUCCGGGGCUCGGAAAGCUUUGAAGCAGCCGCAGAAGAAGAUCGGAAAUCGGAUGACUGCCUGCCAGCUGGCCUCGUUGGGCCCGGCGGCGACGCCUACUGCCCCUGGCCCUGCUGCGGUGCCCCCGGCCCAGCCGGUUUCGGAGUACACAUUGAGGAAGAUCUAUGUGAGCAAUGUUGGGGCGGAUUUAGAUCCUCAGAAGCUGCUUAUGUUCUUUUCGAGGUUUGGAGAAAUUGAAGAAGGGCCGUUGGGGUUGGAUAAGGCCACUGGAAGGCCGAAAGGGUUUUGCUUGUUUGUGUACAAGUCGGCAGAGAGUGCAAAGAGGGCUUUGGAGGAGCCGCACAAGAAUUUUGAUGGGCACAUUUUGCACUGCCAGAAGGCAAUUGACGGUCCCAAGCCGGUUAAGUCUCAGCAUGGGAACCAGCACCACCACAAUAGGAAUAAGAAUUCCGGUUUUGGUGGCGGAGCACCGGCGGGACCUGGCCAUAUGAUGGCCCCAGGAGGUGCUGGAAUUGGGUUUAACCAGGGGGCUGCAUCAACCCAGGCGUUGAACCCGGCGCUUGGACAGGCCCUGGCUUUGCUUGCUACACAGGGGGCUGGCCUAAAUCUUUUUGGGACUUUGGGAGCGCAAGGUGUGAACCCUGGUGUGCCUGGUGGAGCACAUGGAAUACAAAGUGGGUAUGGCAAUCAGCCAAGUAUAAGUCCUGGAAUGAUGGGAACCUAUGGAAAUCAAGGGGCAUUGCAGGGAGGCUACCCCAACCCACAGUUGGGCCAAGGUGGAUCAGGAAGAGGGCCACAUGGUCUUGGGCAAUAUGGUGGUGCUCCAUACACGGGGCACUAGAUGCCCCUGAGGUAAUUUAAUGCAGGUUGAGCGGCCAUAAUUACUACUAUGGCUUUAUUUGCCAUCUGUAAUGAUGGAAAAAGUUGGUCAGACCUUCAUCUACUUUUGAAAUUCUGAUUCACAAAGAUUAGUGAUAAAUAAGAAGUAUUCCUUGGUAGGAAAAAUUGUAAAAAUCUUGAAGUCUUCUGAUGCAUUGUGAUAUGGGAUUCCCUGGUGUUAUAUGGUGGUUUUUGUUAUUGAAUUGCAAAAGUAUUUCCCCCAUAUUAAUAAGCCACCAUGACUCAUCUAUAUAUUGGCCAUUUUUCUUUUUUAAACAAAAUGGAAAUUUUUUUUUUUUGAUAAUUCAAUGUUGAAAGGUUUUUUUCUUUUUCCCCAAAAAAUUAGUUUGUCAUUGGCAGCUGGUAUGGAGUCUUCUAGAUAGAAUAAUGUUGUUAGCAGCUGGCCUUUGAGUUUUCCCAUUUAAAUCAUCAUCAUCAUCUUGAUUGAUGAGACCCAUUUGCAAGUUGAUAGAUGACAGACUUAUUGACUAUUCUGAGCAACUAGUUUGUUGAUGACUUUUAUGGAAUGAAGAUUAGAACAUGACCUUAUUAGAUGGUUCAUGAGAUUCCCCCAUCUUGUCAUUUCUCUGUCCUUUGCUUUUGGUUGCUCUGGUCAGGGCAUACACCUGAACCACUCAAAUCAUAUUCUUUAAUCAAGGUGGCUGUUUUGAACAAGCGUUUUUUAGGCACGUCUGGGUUAUUGUUUUGCCUUGAACCAACGACCACCCAUCUGUCCACCACUUGUGCCAGAAAAGCUUGAGUCUCCAUUUAGUAUUACAUUUUUUAUUUUGUCAUUGUACUGAUUUGGUCGGUUUGUUGAAUGUGAAUUAAGAGUGGUUUUACUUAUUUGACAUGGUGGUUUUAAACUUUUUAUACUCAUUUCUUUUUAAACUUUUUCUACUCAUUUCAAGUCUUUUGGUCAGUUGUUGGGAAAGUGUUGGGGAUUUAGUGGCUUAUUACUCAGGUGAAUACUACCGUAAUUAAGUAGUUGCACAUGUCUAUCUUCACGUCUUUUUGACAACUUGUAUUUUUUUUAUAGAGAAUCACUUGUGAUCUUUUAGAAAGGAAAAUUAUCUUUUCAACUGUAUCUGUCCCUAGAAGAGAAGAAAAACUCUUUUUGACAACUUGUAUUUAUAGAGAAUCACUUGUGAUCUUUUAGAAAGAAAAAUUAUCUUUUCAACUGUAUCUGUCCCUAGAAGAGAAGAAAAACUCGUUCUUCUCUUACCUGACUGUUGCUGCAUGCUGUUAAUUGUAGCAUCUUUUGUGUCAUUCCUGACCUCCCUCACUCCUGUUGAUAGAAUAAAUAUCAAGUAUGCAGAUUCAGUUGUCUGGUAUCUCCUUGUUUUGCUCUGUCCAUUUGUUUUGUCUUGACACUUGGAUUUAUGGGUGUCAAAUAAAAAUGCCUCCUGGGUUUGGGUCUCCGGCAUAGGGGUUGCUUCCAUCUAUUGAGUUCAGGAUAGGCUUGGAUUUCAGCAUAUGCGCUGUAAGUAGAGUAGUUUGCUCUAUGCUAGGCUCCUAGCAAAAUUUAAAAACUUGAAGAGAUAACUUUUUGCUGCUUUCAAUCUUAUUUCAAUUUUGGCAUCCUAGCCUUCAAAAAGUUGUGAAGUACUAAACUUGAAUGUUUUGUAAACUCCUUUCUGUAGGUGGAAUAGUUUGUUUUAUGCUUGUUGGGAUUUAUUAAAAGAUUGCAGCUACAAUCUAAGUGAAAUUCAUUUGAACAAAAUUGUUUUCUUUGUUUGUUGUGGAAUUUUUUUUGUGAUUUUUGUUUGGGUACUUUAAGCUACUUAAUCUUUGUGUCCUAUUAGUAAUCACUGUUGAUCUUUGGUUACUGGUCUAAGUUCCUAUUGUAAUAGGCCGAAAGAAGAGUCAUUGCAUGUUUCCAGGUGUGGAAAUGUAAAUUGCACAUCUUUGGUGGGUCAUCAAGGAAUUUGGUUGCAUGGAAGGAGUAACAAACGGGCUGUUAAGGUCGGUCCAAGGUCGGCAAAUAAUACAUUUAAAUUGAAUAAUUGAAAAAGGAAAACAAAUGGGAAGAGAGUAGAAUGGAAAAGAACAGAGUAUUGCCAAGUAUGAAGGCUUCAAAAGGUACUGGUUUUAUGUUCCAACAGUCACAAAUAUCUCGUCAAAAUGAACUUGUGGAUCAGGUUUGAGAAUUGGCAGAGGUACUUCCAAACCCUCAUUUUAAAGGUCAGAGUUGGUAAAAGUACUACCAAAGCGGUUGGAAUAGAAUCGGGAAAUGGGGUCCUCUGUAGGGUUGGCAGAAGUGCUAAAUGAAAGCUUCUUUCAGAGCAAUUGCAAUAGAAUCCCGAUAUGAGGUUCUCCACAGACUUUGCGCAAAGUCUCCAAGGAUAUUGGUCGGUGUAUAUUUUCAAGUCGCGCAUGGAUAUCCUCAAAAUGAACGCUGUUGCAAGCAAAAGAAUCGGGUGAAUGAGGCCUCCCUACGUUUUCAACCGUCAGAGAGAUAUCCUUACAUGUACUUAGAGCGGUUGCAAGAGAUUCGGGCAACGUGGUCUUCCAUAGAGCUUACAGAAGUGCCACCAAACCCUGAGAUGCAAUAGAAUCCGGACGGAUGACCAGCCAAGGCAACUGUUUGAUCAGUAAUCGUGCAAUGCCAUGUGUUCAACUGUAAAUUCAGAUACGGUGUUUGAUAUAUGAGAAAGUGGAGUUUUAGGGUUUAUGAUUUAGGUUGAUCAGCAAGUUUUGAAAUAAAAAGAGAAAAAAGAUUGUAAUCAAGCUGCCGUAAAAUUUGGAAUGAA